UACGAGUUAUAAUGAUACACGGCCUGUUGCUUUCACGCCUGUUGUCAGGUCACGCAGCUCUUGGCAAGCUUUGCGGUCUUGGCGCGAGGCGCAUGCAGUAGAGCCUCUCUCACCUUGACCUCAUACGUCUUGUCGCGUCUGUAUUGAUAGAAGGUCUCUGCUUCCUAUUGUUAUCAACGGCCUGCUCGUGUCUUCUUCUAGACGCCGUUUGUUGUUUCUUUCAACUUUCCGCUGACCGAGCUUCUCAAAUCUCGAACAACCUUGUUAUCUACACCAACCUUGGACCAUCUACCCAACCUCUUCGACCUGAUUUGCCAGCACUCAUCUACCACGACAUCCAGCAACUCAGUGAUCCCAAAGUCAUGGAACAGGCUCCACAGGGCACCGGGCAACAACAGAACCGGCCGCAACCUGUAUAUGAUAUCAGAAACGGGGGCCAUUAUGGGGCGAGCGCGGCGCUGUCAGCGCAAGGAUAUGCGCCCGUCGCGGAGCUAUACACCGGCACUUGGGCAAAUGUAAACCAAGGCCUCCAAGGAAAUUCUCGCGAUAUUCUCACUACUUAUUGGCAACACACCAUCAACCAUCUCGAGACAGAUAACCAUGAUUAUAAGAUACACCAGCUACCUCUGGCGCGCAUAAAGAAAGUGAUGAAAGCCGAUCCAGAGGUGAAGAUGAUAUCUGCAGAGGCUCCUAUACUUUUCGCGAAGGGCUGUGACAUAUUCAUUACUGAAUUGACCAUGCGAGCCUGGAUUCAUGCCGAGGACAACAAACGACGCACCUUGCAGCGGUCCGACAUCGCUGCCGCUCUUUCAAAGUCCGACAUGUUCGACUUUCUGAUUGACAUAGUACCCCGAGAAGAAGCUACUUCGCACACAAAACGGUCAAGUCAGACGGGUGGCACUGCCGCGCCUGCAGCGGCUGCCCCUGCAAGUGCAGCCGGACAACUGCCGCCCUCACAGGGAGUUCAGCAUCAACAACACCACAUGGGUGCACCAGAUUACGGCUCACUUGGCCAGCAUGCUCUGCCUCAAGACCAGGAAUACCGACACCAGCCAGCAAUGUACCCGGGAGCAGUACAGUCAGAUCCAGCCGCAGCAUACGGACAACCGCAACCACAGAUGUUUGAGGGGAUGUAUGCUGCGUAUCCCCACCUUCCACCACAACAGGUACGAUUUCUAUUCAUCGAGCCAUAGGCAAUAUUAUAGCCGAAGGCAGGCCAAUUAUUCGGGUUUACUAAUGAGUUGGUUCUGAAUCAAGUGAUUAUUCGCGGAUUGUUCGGAUAGUGCCAUUUCAGUCCGAUUAUUCUAAAGGACACAGCCCGGUGCGCUUAAUGAGAGCAGUACGCCUAAUGUGGUGGGGACUGAGAAUGAUCAAUGACUUUGGAAUGACCCUAUAUGCAGAAAUUUAUUGCGUGCACGUAUUCUAGUUUCUAUCAGGAAAUUUAAGUUGCAAA